GUCAUUUUUUGCGUUAUGUAAUAAGCGAACGGCCCUGCACGUGUUUAAUGUUAAGCAUUUACGUAAACAGUAAGUUAUUAAAUUGUCAAAUAGAGAUCCCCUAUGCUCUUUGAGCAGAGUUUAUUAACUCUCAGAUGAAUAUAAUCCUCUCUUAAUUUGGUGAUAAAUUCUCAAAUAUAUUGAGACUUCUCAGUAUAUAUUAACAGUUCAAGGUAUUGAGUCACAUCUUUUAAUUCAAUUUAACUCAUAUAUUAAGUUUUUAAUUAUUAAAAAAAUUGAUGUUAAUUUUUGUUUUGAAUCUUUUUAUGUCUGAUUUCGUCAAUUUUGUUGCUUUAAAAAAUGAAAGAAAUAUUAUUUGAAUCAAUAAAUCUAACAAAUUGAUAAAGUAUAAUAUUCAAAAUAGCUAAAUGUUUAUGUAAGCUCGUUCUUUUUUUCAAUAAGAGAUGUAACAAAAGCUUUUGCGUAUUAAAUUUAUUAAUUUCUCAAACAUCGAGUACUAAUAGUUUUGCAACUUAGUAGGAACAAAACUUCUGGUUCCUUGAAAUGAUAAAAACUUCUAUUGAUCAAUACUUAACUAAAAUUGGUAAUGUUAUCAUCUCCGUAUGCAAACAUUAGUCAUACAAUCACAUAUUUUAAAUGGAAUUCCGCGUCAAUAAUGAAAAACAUUAUCAAAUUCUAUUUAAUUAAUUAAAUUAUUUGAAAAAAUGUAAAAAUGAGAACAAAAUAUUCCGUGUUAGUUUUAAUAUUUAAAAUUUGGAUUGUUACUCAAAAAUUCAAAUUUACAGGUAUAAAAAUUCAUAACAUUUUUUUAAACAUGCGACACUUUAAUCUGAAACUUUGCUUGAUAUCAAUAGAAUCUAAUAAUCAAGUGCAUGAAGCUCCAAUAAUAGAUAAAUCUGACUCAAUAAUAAUUGAUGUGAAUAGAGAUGAAACAGUUGAAUGCAAAGCUAAAGUGCCGAUAACCUGGAUCUUUGAGAGAUCUGAAAAACUUUUUGAUUCGAUUAAAGUUUCACAUUCUGAAGAUGAUGAAGAAAACUAUCAUAGCUUCUUAGAACUAAAUUCAGUUCAUGUUAAUUUUGUUGGAUUUUAUUAUUGUGUCUUUAAUGCAUCAUUAUCAAGUGAUGUUACUUUUAAUUAUCAAGAAAAAAUCGGUAUCCACAAAGCAUCAAGUAUUUACGUAUAUGUAAACGAUCCUGAAAAUAAACUUUAUAGCUCAGAUCAGUACUUAAUAUUUGGAAAACAAAAUGAAUCACUGAUUAUUCCUUGUAAACCAACAACACCACAGGUUAAAGUCGAGCUCGUAAGAGAUGGCGAUGAGGGGCAUAUUGCUGGUGAAUACGAUCCAAAACUUGGAUUCACGGUUUCCUUUAUGGACGAUGAAGAAAGUGGAUUUUUCGAGUGUCGCUUGGAAGAUGAUCAUGAGAUAUAUAAUGAAUUUCAAGUGAUUAUCAAUGGACAAGAAACGUCAGAUUACUUAAAAAAGCCAUGGAUAAUCAGUGAUUCUCAGAACAUUGCCAAAAAUGGAGCUUCUUUUUCAUUAUCAUGUCAUGUAGAAAUGAUUUCAGAUGCUCCAUAUGUAAUAGAAUUUUUUCUUCCAAAUGGAAAAGAAGCAAAAAAAAAUCAAUUCAUAAGGUUAUCAGAAAUCAAAGUUGAUGAUGAUGACACACGAAAAUCACAUAUAAAUUUGACCAUUGAAGAUGCUUUAGAUGAACGAGAUCAGGGAAAUUAUACAUGCUCCUUAAAGGAUAUAUAUAACAAUAUUUAUUCAACAGUUACAAAAAUCACCUUUGUUGAUAAACCUGUUGUUCAGCUUAAUUCAUCAAAUCCCAUAGUGACAGCAACUAAAGGACAGAAAUCAGUAAAAUUUCAUUUUAAUUACUUUAUUUACCCAAAACCUAAAUUUGAAUGGUAUGAUCCACAAAAUAAAUUGAUCAAUAUAGAUCAAAGUAUGCAAAAUGAUGCAAAAUAUAGCAUAUCAAUUAGUGAAGAUGAAAUAUCGUUGACAAUUAAAUAUCCUGGAAUUGAAAAUUAUGGCAACUAUUCACUUAUUGCUUAUACUGAUGGAGAAAGUUUUGAUAAAAAAGUCAAGUUGGUAGUUUCAGAAAAACCCACGUGUAGAAUGCAAGAUGUAUAUAUCAUGCUAGAAGAAGAAACUCUUAUAAAAUGUGAAUGCAUGGCUUAUCCAGCAGCAAUAAUCACAUGGUCAUUUCAACCCUGUUUAAAUCUCACUCUAUGGCCAAAUUGUGUUGAUCGAGAUUCUGUUGGAACAAAAAUCGAUGAAUAUGAAACACAAAACACCCAGUAUGCAGAAACAAUCCAAUCGUCAGAAAUCAGGUUUACAGCAUCACAGCCUGGUACAAUAAAAUGCCGAGCUGAAAAUGAUAUUGGAGAGGAUGAAAUUCAAGCAAAAGUACAAAUAGUAGAUCUUUCUGCGCCACUUUUAAUAUCAGGCAUUGAUGAGAAUCAAAAUAUUGCUAUUGGUGAUAACGUAACAUUGGAAUGUGGAGCCAUCAUUUAUAACUAUACUGAUAAAAUUAGAUGGUUAAAGAACGAGGAACCUGUAGAAGAAAGAAACGAUCUUCAUAUAAAAGAUAGUAAUCUUCGAUUUUCAUAUAGAAAAUCAUUAAGUUUUGAUGCAAUAUUAAAAGAAGAUGAAGGCGAAUAUAAAUGCGAAGUCUAUGAUAAAGAGAACAAUGAAUUGCAUAAAGUGUCCAUUGUAUUACGUAUUUAUGAAAAUGAACCACCUAUGAUCAUAACUAAUUUCAAGCAAAAAAACAUAACAGAGUAUUCUGGGAAUAGUCUUACACUUAAAUGUACUACCAGUGGAUUUCCAACUCCUAGUCUUAAAUGGUUUAAAAACAGAAAUCCUUUUGAAAUUAAGGAAAAUGAUACAAGAAUAUCAUUAAAAGACAGUAAAAUGACAUUAGUAGUUACUGAAUUAAAAUUGGAAGACACUGGCUACUAUGAAUGUAUUGCAGAAAAUCCUUUUGGAAAAGAUACGAAAGCAAUCGAAAUUAGUAUAAAAUUAUCAGAUUUUCCUUUUGAUUUGAAUCUCGUUUUUGUAAUUAGCGGUGCAGUUGCUUUUAUAAUUUUACUUUUAUGCAUCAUCAUUUUAUGUUUGAAACAUCAAUGUAAAGGAAACAAAUCAUCGCAAACAGCAGGUCCUUGAGUAAGAAUUUAACUUGAAUUGAAAUGGACCAGUUCAAAAAUAAAUUAAAUAAAUUGUAUAUUUUGGUUGAUAAAUUUUCUAUGCAUGAACAUUUUAUUUGAUUUUUUUCAGCUCGUCACUAGACACAUCAGCGUAUGAAGCUAUUUUUUUGUGUUGGUAAGGGCAUUUUUCGAAUCACUUUCAAAACUAUCACUACUUCACUAUUUCGUUGUAAAUCAGAUUUAACAAUGACAUUGUUAUAUUUAUAUAAUGAAAAAAAAUGUUAACGAUUUCCCCUAGCGAGACUAACUAGCAAAUUGCUAAUCUUUCUAUUCUACUACUUGCAAUUUACUAGUUAUUAUUUAAACAACUUACUAUUAGUAAAUUACACACCUCAAUCUAAAAAAUCCCUAAAAUGCAGCUACCCUAAAAUGCAGAUAGUACUGCCAAGAUACAGAUGAUACUGCUAAAUUGCAGAUGAAAUUUAUUUUCCCUGCAGAUGAAAUGCUGUUGCUUUAAAAAAUGUAUUAUGCAGAUGUUUUUUAACGUAUAAAGUGCAGAUAAGAUGCUGGCCAAAUGUAGAUCGUAUAAUUUUAUUAAAAUAAAGAUGAAAUGCUGGUAUAAUGUAGAUAAUUUAACGUUGGAUAUUAAUUAUUUGGGCCCCGAAGAAAAAAAAAUAUUUGUGAGUGACGCUGUGGUUUCUUAAAUAUCUCCGAAACCACAAUAGUGACAAAUUUCAAAGUUAUUAAAUCUUGUAGAAAACAAAAAUUGCUUUCUUUUUUCAUAGAACUUCCUUCCUUAAGUUAAGGAGUUAUGUCACAUAUAUAUAGAUGAGCUCAUACAAAGGAUACUUGACCUAAUGUAUACAUAAAUAUGUCGUCAGACAAAAUAAUAACCCUUAAAUUUAAGUCUAUCAUAAGAAGAGAAAAGAAUAAAAUGAUCAUCGUGGAUCAUUUAAAGUCAUUAACACGAAUCAAGAAAAUAAUCAUCGAAUAUUGAUGUUUUUUAAUAAAAUUAUACGAUCGACAUUUAGGCAGCAUCUUAUCUGCACUUUAUACGAUAAAAAAUCAUCUGCAUUAUACUUUUUUAAACCAACAGCAUUUCAUCUGCAUUUUAGGGAAAAUAAAUUUCAUCUGCACUUUAGCAGUACCACCUGCAUCUUGGCAGUACUAUCUGCAUUUUAGGGAUUUUUAGAUUGAGGUAAAUUACACUUGCUAUUUACUAGCAAAUUACCGUGUGAAAUGUUUGAUCAAUUCUGCUUAAGUUCGAAUCCUACGAUUAAUCAUCGAAAAAUGAAUUUUAUGCGUCAUAAAAAAUUUUGUUCUAAAUUUGGCAUUUGCUAUAUACUUCACAAGAGCGCGCAGAAAUCACCUUUAUAAACUUGAUCCAAAUUUGUAUGUGACUUUCAAUUAAUUAUUUAUAUUCCUCAGGUUUGCGUGCGUUCAUCAGUGUUCGACUUAAUUAAAUUAAGUUUUUUAUUUUUUCAUAGUGUUAGUGUACUUUAAUUAAUUUUAACAAAGUACACACUAAUACUUUUACAAUAAUUUACACAAAUAAGAAAAAUCAAAAGAACACGUGCAAAUCAACGGUUAUAUUCAUUUAAUUUUUUUACAAAUUUGCUUGUAAAUUACUAGUUAAAUUGUAAGCGAAUUGACUAUUCAAUUAGCAAGUGAAAAUGCGGGUCUUUGGCGAUGAUUUGAACUUGGAUUUUGACUAGUAAAUAGCAAGUAGCAAAAUGGAAAGUUAACCAUUAAAUUACUAGUAAAUUUCUGCUAGGGUUCAUCAUUAAAAAUAUUUUUACAAUCAAUUAACGAUAAGAUUGUAAUGUAACAAUGGUAAUUGUUAAUUUUACAAUGAUCAUCAUUAGUAUAAAAUUUUAAAUAACUUAAGUAUACUUUGUUAAUACGAAUUUUUGUUAAUUAAAUAAUUUUUCAAUACUUUCUAUUAAUGUUUGACAAAAAGUAUAAUUAAAAUCUUCAUUCAUUUUCACUAUUUAUAAAAACCAGAAAAAAAAAUCAAGACAUAUGAUGACGAUUAAACAGACGACAUUGAAACUUAACCAACAAAAUUUAAUUUCCUUUUUGGAUGGGUGACCAUUUUUUCCUACAAAAAUUUCUUAACAAUGAUUAUUUGUUAAAUUUUACAAUUUUGUUGUUGUCAAAAAAAAUUUACAAUGGUCAUUGUAAAAUUUAACAAUUUCAUGGUCAACGCUAUUUUAAUCAUGACAUUAUUAAAAUUUUCAUACAAAGUUGCAAUGGAUUGUUACCUUUUUCUAUGAGUAUAGCCUCACAUCUGUCAACAAAUAUACUGUGCAUAACUUUUAAAAUAAAGAUAUAUGAUUUGCUGCUAAUUUUAGUAAAAAUGUUACGUAUGAUUUCUCUAUUAAACAAAGUUCCAUUGAUGGAUACUUUUUGAAAUUUUCUUGCAAGAUAUCUUUGCAUUUCUUAAAAGAAUUGGUAAGUUUGCUACUCGUUUUUAAUGAUUCGAUCAAUUCAUCAUUGAUUUUUUUUGCAUAUUUCAUUAGCUUCAUAUCAUUGAUAAUAAGUUCCUUAAGUGUCGGCCAAUCAUUAAAGCAUGCUUCACAAUCGCAAUUAAAAUUGAAAUGCUGAUACAAUAUGUUUUGCCGCCGUUCUCGUCUUUCCAUCAAAAAAUUGUUCCUUCAAAAUAAAAUUAAAAAUUAAAAACGAAUCUUCAUACCUGACAAAAUAGAUUUUAAAGUUUAUAAGUACUUGUAACAAUCGUAUAUUUGUGAAUCUUUUUCGAUUUUACGGCACACGACGAGACACAUCUCUCCAUCUAAGCAAACUCUUAAAAUAUUUGGUGUACAACUAUGAUUGAUAAGGCUGGUGAAUAAAAACGAUCCACUACCUAUUGGCUCUUGUAAACUCUUUAAAUUUGAAUUAUCAAAUAUUUUUGUAUCGAGAUUUGAGGAGAAAAUACCGUGAAAGUUGUGAUCCGAAAUUUGACAAAGAUCUUGAAUAAAGUCAUGUAUAAAGUCCUUAUUUUCUACAUACAUUGAAUGAAGUGUUGAAUGGUUAUUCAAAAUAGUUUUUUGAUAUGCUAAUUGGUACUGUUUUGAACUUUUCGAUAAGCUCAAUAAACAUUUAAGUUUCAUAAUGAGCAUAUUUUCUACACUUUUAGUGGUUGAAAAAUCAAAAUCAAAAAUGUUUUUUGAAUUUUUCUUAUUUUCUUCAUAAAAAUUCUUUAGACAAUUUAUGCUGUCACCAAACAAAGCCAAACUAAUAAAAAAUAUUCUUAAUGACAUGUUGACACUGCCAGACUUUAAAAUAUCAGUUAUUACAGGACAUUCAUACUGGUGGAAGUACUUCAUGGCAAAUUCAUAGCAUUCCUGAGAACAGAACAUAGCUGCAAAUUAUUGAAAGUUUUAUUAGCUAUAAAUAAGUUUUGAUUAAUAGAUUUCAUACCGUAGCAACAAUUUUGGCAUGGAAUCAUAUUAAGUCGACUACUUUUCAUGCAAUUAUUGCAUCUUUGAUAAAUAUUCAAUUCCGAUACUUUAACAAAUUGUGACUCUGAUAUUGGAAUUGAACAAAAUGAUUUGUCUACAGCUAUGAUAUCCCCAACAGAAAGAUCAGUAGUUGUAAUUAUGUGUCUUCCAUAUUUCUUGCUAUUUUCUAUCUUUAAGCAACUUGCUACAAAUGGCAACUUUUUAUUCGUCGGUAAAGAUAAUUUAAAAUAGUUUUGAACAUAUUUUUUGCUUUCAUUCCUUGUAAAUUCUUCACAUUUUAAGCGACGUUGAUACAAAAUGCUUAAGUUUUCUUUUGGAUAGAAAUUUUUUUCGGCUAAAACAAUGUUGUUUAAAGAUUGAUCAUAUAAUUUUAUCUCAAAAUAUACAGCAGAUCUAUUAGCGUAUGCUAAUCCAAGAUUUUCACUUUCACUCUCAGCAUAACACAAACUUUGAUUAUAUUUUAAUAGUGCUUGGAAGAAUUCCCGUUUUUUAUAAAAAUCAUUUCCUUCUUGUCGCAGAAGAUUUGAUGUUUUAUUGGAUUUAUGCAUUAUUCUUUUAAAACAAUUGAUUCAACUGAUUAGAUAAAAAAAAAAUCACCUUGUUUUUUCCUCAAGCCUACUUCAAUCUCCUUUUUUUUCGCAAUCU